UUUCCCCUCGUAAAAUAUAAACAAUAAAUAAAAUUUAAAUCCGGCUGAACUUGAUCCUGAAACGAUUAAUUUUUAUGGAACUCCGAUGAAUCGACAAAUGCGUUAAUAUAUUGGAUCAAACGGAAUAUUUUCAUUGAUUCGGUGAGAAAGCAGCCUGAUGCCCUUCUCAGAGAAAUACUGAUGUCAUACAUAUGACUUUCACUCAAUGUCUUCUCAGGCGCUUCAGUCUAACUCCGCAGUUCAGCUGAGAAAGAUCAGAACACGUGAAGAUGAAGUCAUUUGUCACCCUCGGUAUUCUCCUGUUAAUAUCGGCGUGCCUGGGAGACGUUUCUCACCUCCUCCAGGAUAAUUACUACGUGGAGACGACGACCCCACCGUCACCUCCUGUUCCCUACAGUUUUCAUUACAAGGCCGGACGUUUUCCUGGAAAUGUCGAUCGGUUCCAGUCCGAGUCUGGCGAUGGAUCCGGAAGUGUUCAAGGAACUUAUUCAUUUAUCGAUCCCAAAUUCAAAAUUCGAACUGUCGACUACACAGCAGAUAAAAAUGGUUUUCAUCCGGUUUUGAAGAACUACGAAGAGUUCCAGACCCCCCCAGAAGACUCAGAAGCUGUAAAACGUGAGAGGGAGAGGCAUUUGGCCCUUUACCACCGAAUCGCUGAGAACAAUGCCCACGGUCUCACGUUCCUUCCUAAGGAAACUGCAGGUGUUGCUAGAGCUAAGGAACGUCACCUCGAGCUGUUCAAGAAAAUCGCUGCAGAGCACCAGGUGAUAGCUGCCGAGCGCGAGGCAGAGCGUCUCGCUUAUGAAGCCACCUCAAUCCCCAACGACGUCAACAAUCAGCAUAUUUACUGAAAAAAAAAUUAUAAUUAUCUUUGAUCUGAAUAUUUACCUCUGUCAUGCAAAAAUACUAUUAUGAAUCAUGUGUUGCACAAUGAAAUAAAUGGUUACCCAUUCGUGGAAGAAUGAUUUUUCAA